AUGGAUGAGAUCUAUGGCGAUUUGGUGGAUACCCCAAGCUCAAGAGAAUAUAAGUCCCAAUUGUUGAGUCCCACCUUUGAGGAUACGGAGCCCGAACGCUACUCUCAAUUUCAAGAUCCAGGAUACAUCAGCAAGGUUCUGCAGAGGAAAGCUGCCCACAUUGGAUACUUACGGCUGCGUCAGCAGAUCGACUACCCAGAUGAUGACGAUACACUGGACCUCGCUGAAUACAACAUGUUUGGCGGGAUAGUCACAUUCGCCGGCUAUCCUACAUUCAAUUGCUUCGACCCGGAACUUUAUGAGAAACCCAUUGACAUCGCCAUAGUCGGUGCGCCAUUCGAUACGGGCGUAUCUUACAGGCCUGGUGCUAGAUUUGGACCUGAUGCUAUCAGGCUGGGCGCCAGGAGACUAGCUCAUGGAGGCGUCAAUCCGGCAAGAGGAAACUCCAGAAACUCACCUUUGGUCGACAUUGAUCCGUACAGAACUGCAUUGCAUGUGGUAGAUUGUGGAGAUGUUCCGAUGACACCCUUUGACAAUCGUAUUGCUCUUAACCAACUAUACAGAGGCCAGAGAGCUAUACACAAACACGUAAGUGGUGGAAAGCCCAGAAUUAUCACAAUGGGCGGCGACCAUACAAUAACGCUUAUGGCAUUGAGAUCGGCUUACGAAAAAUAUGGCAAGCUCGCGGUGUUGCAUUUUGAUAGCCAUAUCGAUACUUGGAAUCCUGAGAAGCUCGGUGGUGGUGUCACAGAUUAUAUGUCCCUCAAUCACGGGACCUUCCUACACUAUGCUGCAGAACAAGGCUACUUGGCUAAGGAUCACUGCUUCCACCUCGGGAUUCGAGCACCUUACAUUGACAGCAAAUAUGAUAAGGCUCAUGAUAAACGGUGUGGAUUUGACUUUUUCACGGCCAGAGAUAUUGACAGCUUGGGAAAACAGGCAAUUGUUGAUAAGGUAAAGGAGGUUGUUGGGGACCUUCCCGUUUAUAUAUCCGUUGACAUUGACGUUUUGGAUCCAUCCCAUGCGCCAGGCACAGGAACUAUGGAAGUUGGGGGAUGGACAACGAGAGAGCUACUCACAAUUUUAGACUCGCUUGAUGGUAUCAAUAUUGUCGGAGCUGAUGUCGUUGAGGUGAGUCCACCCUAUGAUACCAACAGUGAAGUGACAAGCUUAGCAGCUACCGGCGUGAUUGAUUCAAUACUUGGACUUAUGGUUUACGAUAUCCAAAAGAGCAAAUAA